UUUCCAAGGAGAUGGUGGUGUAGCAGUGCGGUCAAAGCAAGGGCAGGAGAUGGGUUUGGCUGCUCAGGAAGCCACAGCUCCCUUCCCACAGCUGGGGAUGCUGAUAGUGGGCUGGGCAGCCCCCUGCUAUAGCUGCCCCGGAGCAGUGCCUGGGCUGUGGGCAGGAGGAGGCAGAGCAGCAGGAGAGCAAACGCUGGAAGAUCCGCAGGUGAGUCACAGUGUCCACAGGGGUGCCACGUCAAGGAAGCCACAUCUGUGCAUGGGAAUCUCUUUUCGGAUGAUUUGUGCUCCUACCUCGUGAAUCCAAAUCCAGCAGAGGGCUCAGCUGAGGUCAGGCCAUGCAAGUCCCUGCCCUGCUCCUGCUCACCCUUGUGGCCCUGAUGCCCCCAGCCCAGGCCUGCCCCUCGGAGAUGAACAAGGUCAAGGACCUCCUGGAGGUGAACUGCACAGGGAAGGCUCUCAGCACAGUGCCCCCAGACCUGCCUGCAGACACGGGCAUCCUGCUGCUCAGUGACAAUCGCCUGCUGUCCCUCUCCACCGCCGCCUUCCUGCCCCUCACCCAGCUGCAGGACCUCGACCUGUCCUUCAACGGGCUGGUGACUCUGCACACCGGGGACCCGCUGCCAUCCCUGAAGGAGCUGAUCCUGUCCCACAACAACCUGGGAACCCUGCCCGACCUGCAGGGCCUGCCUGCGCUGACCCGCCUGGCCGUGGCCAACAACAGCCUGGUGACACUGGCCCCAGGGGCUUUCCGCACCGUGCCACAGCUGCAGGACCUGGACCUGAGAGGGAACCGGCUGAGGACACUGCCCCAGGAGGCCUUUGCAGGGCUGAGGGCACUCAAGGACUUGGACCUCUCAGACAACCUCCUGGAGAAGCUCCCCAAGGAGCUGCUGCAGGAUCUGCAAAGGCUGGAGACCCUCUGGCUCUCGGGGAACCUCCUGCGCACCCUGCCCACCAACUUCUUCCCUGAGGGGCACCUCUUCAUGUACGUGUUCCUCACCAAGAACCCCUGGCACUGCGACUGUGACCUGCGCUACCUGCGGGCCUGGAUCCGGCAGAACGACGGCAGCGUUUACCAUCCGGAGCGGGGCCUGCAGGAGACCAAGGUGGAGGUGGCCCCCAGGAAGGUGCUGUGCCACAGCCCUGCUGAGCACCAGCAUAAACCUGUCAUGGACUUCCAGCCCGACUGCGGCGACAUGGGGGAUGGAGAUGUGGGCGGAGAGGAUGACUAUAAUUAUGGGGAAGAAACAGCAGAGAAAACUGCCUUGACCAGCUUACCCCCACCCAUCCCCGAAGAGCACACUACCAUGCCCCAUGCUGUUACCCAGCCUCCCCUCCCUACCACCAGACCUUCCUUGAGCACCCCUUGUACCUCCACUCUUGCCCCAAGCACUUUGCUUGUGGUGCCCAAAAGCACCAGAGCUCCCAGCACCACCACUCCUGGACCAACCAGUCCUACCAUCAUACCCACACAGAGCCCCAGCACUGCCACUCUCACUGCUGCUCUUACCAGCCCCCUGCACAGACCCACCACCCCUGUCUCUGCCACCUCACUGCCUACCCCUAUGAGCAGCAACCCUCCCAGCAACAGUGGCCUGCCCCAAACCACCCUCGCUGACAGUACUACCUCUGCCACUCUCAUGGCAUCCACUGGCACGUUUCUCACCAACUCCACAGCAGUGCCUUUGACUGCCACGCUAGAGCCCUCUUCCACUGUUAGAUCUUCAUCUCCUGCUUCCAUGUCAGCCACCACCAUGCUUUCCAGUCGUGCCCCAACAGCACCAGCUCCCCUGGACACCACACGUGUCACCCAACCCGCCCAUUCCCCCCCAGCUGCACCUCCUCCCCUCUGCCCGUGCUCCAUCCCAGGACAGGCAGCACCGGUGCUGCCUCUGCAGGCAGGUGGGGAGGGUCCACAGUGGGGGCAGUGGCUGCUGAGGCACUGCUGCCUCCUGCACUGGGUGCUCUACCUGGUUUCCUUGGCUCUGCUGGUCCUGACCAUGCUGGCUCUAGCAGGCUGGCUGGCUUGGAUGUGCCUGGUGGGACAACCCUUCUGGCACCAGUCCCUGCAGACCCAAGAGGUGCAGUAUCCCCUGCUGGGGUGGAAGGACUCAGCAGAAAGCCCCGUGAUGCAUCUCAGCAGCUUCAAAAGCCCCCUCCAGCGCCCCACGUUCUGCACCAUCAAGGAAGUAGAGCUGUGCCCUGAGGUCACCUACUGCACAAUUAAAGAUCUGGGCAUACAGCGCAGUCCUCCUGCAGGUUCCUCCUUCUGCACCACAAAGGAGCUGUGGGUCCACCACAGUCCUCCUUCAGCCAAGCCUUUCUCCAGGAACCUGGUGGUCAGAGACCUCAGCUUCCUGAGGACCCUGUCUGCUUACAGCCUGGACAGGGGUGUCAGUGCCAUGGGUCAUGUCAGAGUGAAAUAUGCUGGCAACACCAUGUAAGUGCUUCUGUAUGCUCAGAGAAAGAGAUGCAGGGUUGUGGCUCUGCUUCAUGUGUGCUUGUUUUACGUGGGAAAGAUCUGCUUGCCCAGAGGGAAGCUAUCCAGCUCCUUCCUCUAGUAUUCUCCAGCAGCCUGAGGUUUCUAGAGCUAAAAUAAUUACUUGGGUAUUUGGCAGAGGAAGAUAAUGUCCUAAAUUGGUCAGUGAUAGUCUGGGGCUGCCAAUGCCUGGUUUCAGGGUGAGGGAGGGCAAGCAGAGCUUCUGUUGUGCUCUGUGUCUCAACUGCU